UAACCUCCAGUUUUCUUCACCUUUCUCGUCGGUAAGCCCCAGUCUAGGCAUCCUCCCACUCCGCUCUCCACCUCUCCACUCUCACUCUGGAUGUUCUUUGUUUCUUUACUUCCUCUCGGCAGUAGUCCAUACCAAUAAUGGACGCCUAUAAUCCUCUACUGGAGAGAACACGUGUCCCCCAACCUUGCUUACAAAAAUUUGCAGUAAUCUCAAUCUUUGAGAAGCUCCGAAACGCUCCUCCUCACCUAGUCCCGGAUUCCGACCCGGGAAGAGAAGCCAUUACUUACUGCCUCCACUCCACCUUCGUCGGCGUAGUUGACCAAUCGGUCCGGGAAGUAUGCCGCCUCGUGAAAGACUCUAAAAUGGACCUCUCCCGCGGAUUGUUGGAGCUUCAGUCCGGCCUUGAAGCUUCCGGUCCUCGUUUCGUUAAUCUCUUCGUUAAAGCCCUAGGAUUUCUCGUUAGUUGUGGGUUUCAGAAAAAUCCUUCUUCAUUUCGGUUUCAAUCACCCGAAACCCAUCCGUUCGUCAAGAUUCUCUCUUGUCGAGUUGAAGUUCAAUGUGAGCUCGUGCAACAAGUUGGUAAUUUCAUGGUGAAAAAUAAGCAUUUGGGGAUUACUAAAGUUUGUGAUUUCUUGAGGCCUUUGUUAAAUUACUCAUUUAUUCAAGUACCGGUUGUGGCUUCUUUCCGUUGUUUUGCAACGAGCUUAGUGUCGUCCAUCACAUCUCUCAGUUGUUCCUUCCCUCCCGAGGCCAUUCCGGUUAUUAAGCUGUUGAUGGGAUGUCUCAGAUUUUUUCCACGUCGAGAUGCACAAGACCUUGCUGUCCUUCUCCAGCUUCUUGAAUGCACCGUGGAUGCCUAUGUGGUUGUUCUGAGGCAGCUGGUGGGAAUGAGAUUGCUGGUACACGAAGUACAAUUAUGUGGUCUGGAACUGGUUGAGGCCAUCUUUUCACUGCAUAAAGAUCUUCGCAUGCACUUACAUGGAGUUGAGAACAUCUCGGAAAUGUCAAGGCAUUUGUUGGCUGUCCAGAAAGACUUAGGCUUGAGUUAUUUGCCUGAUUUUUCAUCAGUAAUAUUAUCCUUAAUUAUACCUCUCAUUCAGUCUGAGCUGGAGCAAGAACAUAUUGCUAUACUGAAGGUGCUGCUCUUUCUCUUAGAGUGGAAACAGGAAAAUGUGUACAAUGUCACUAGAGCUGCAAGCAACUUAAACGAGGAGCUUUUGUUCAUUUUUCCAGUCAUUAACAUCAUGUCAUCACCAAGUAUAGUUGUUAAGAAAGUAGCAGUUGCUGUAAUUUCUUCUUUGGAGAAUAUCUUCAUAGAUUUGUUGGUUUCAACAAGGAGUGGCAGGGCAACUGAGAGGAAAUUUCCCUCUAUUAGCACACCUGGAUGCAUUAUUUAUAGGUUUCUCCAUCAUUUAUGGUUUCAGGAUCCAUCUUCAUUAUCUUGUGCUUUUUAUCUCAAAGUUUCUUCUACUGAAUCCUAUAUUGACGAGGGAAAUGAUACACCCAAAUCUUGCACCUCUUUGCUGCGGGACUAUUCUUUGCAAAUCGGGGAAAAAAAGAAGUCCAUUCAACCUCUUUCUAUGUUUCAGCAGAUAUUUAUUUCAGAUACUUCCUUCUUCCUUGGUGCUAUUGCUAGUGUACUUCUUAUGCAUCAGAAAUUGGGGAACUGUUCAGUUGAUCUCUUGGCUGUUACUGGCAAUAUGAAUCCUGAGCUUGGAGUGUCACUGAUGCUAGUCAUUCUGUUUUGCAUUCAUGCAUUUUCUACCAAAGAUAAGGAUAUUGAUUUCCACAGCAUGUUGCUGAAACUACUUGCCAAGCUUCCUUCACUUGCUUCACAUUCCGCAAUGCUACCGCUGAUAGUUCAGACUGUAACGCCAAUGCUUCAUAAGGAUGCAAAACCAGUUUUAUAUGCUACUGCUACUCGGUUGAUAUGUAAGACCUGGGAGAUUAAUGACCGUGUCUUUGGGAAUCUACAGGGAGUGCUAGGACCACAAAAAUUUGUUGAAAUGGCAACAAAGAAAGACGUCUGUAUUAGUAUGGCUGCUUCUGUGCGAGAUGUUUGCAGAAAAGAUCCUGAUAGGGGUGUGGACCUCAUUUUGUCUGUGGAGGCUUGCAUUGAAAAUGAAGAUCCUCUUGUUCAGUCUCUUGGAUUCCAGAGUCUUGCACAUCUUUGUGAAGCAGAUGUCAUUGAUUUUUAUACUGCUUGGGAUGUGAUUGCAAAGCAUGUCUUGAGGUACACAUCAAAUGCUGUCGUUGCUUAUAGUCUAUGCCUUCUUUUGAGAUGGGGAGCAAUGGAUGCUGAAGCAUACCCUGAACCUGCUUCAGAGAUUUUAAAAAUUUUGUGGGUAGUUGGAACCUCCAGAAAUCAUGGUCAGGGUUCUUUGUGGGCAAAAGCUCGAGCAACUGCAUUUAUAGCACUAACACAUUAUGAGGUGGUGCAUAUUUUUAGAAGCAUUCCAGAUUUUAGGGAUGUGAACCUGGAGUUUCUUUUUUCAGAGACUGAUCCUGAAGUAUUAAGAGCUGUAGAAGGAUUUGAAUCUAGAAUUAUCAAUCACGAGUACAUGAAUCGGAGAAGAUAUGUAAAUGAGCAAAGAGUCUCCAAAAGCAACGUUGAGAAGUUGCUAGAUGUUUUUCCGCAGGUUGUCUUUCCUACUGGAAGCAAGAGCAGGGUAAGGGAAUUACCUGGUGCAGCUUUGUUUUGCCUUUCUUUUGCUCCUCUGGAUAUGAUAAACAGGGGAAUGUUAAAAGAUUUGGAAGAAGUAAAUGCUAAAUUUGAGAAUGCACUGCUAGAAAUAGCUUCCUCUCUUCAGCUCUCAAGAAAUAUUUUGGUUGCCCUUAUCACAUUGCAAUCAUGGAAAUCCUUCAUGCAAAGGUGGAUGAAAGUUCAGUUGAUGUUACUUGAUGCUAAGGCUCAUUCAACUGUGUUGGAUAGAACUUCUAAAGCUGCAAAUAACAUUCUGAAGAUUGUGAGGCGGAUCUCAGAUGAAUGUAUCCCUAGCUCUGCGGAAAAUUUUGCUCUCGCUAUUGGUGCUCUUUGUUCGGCACUUCCCCAGUCUGUACACACUGUUAAGUCUUCUGCUUCGAAGUUUCUGUUGGAUUGGUUGUUUCAAUAUGAACAUGAGUGUCGACAGUGGUCUGCUGCAAUUUCUCUUGGAUUGGUAUCAAGUUGUCUUCAUGUGACUGACUGCAAACAAAAGUAUGAAAACAUCAAGGCCCUUCUUGAGGUUUUAUCAAUUAGCAAAAACACCCUUGUAAAAGGAGCUUGUGGAGUUGGAUUGGGUUUUUCUUGUCAAGAUCUUCUUACGAGGGUUGAUUCUGAAUGUAAUCCUCAGUUGGAGAAGGAACACAAGAGACAGGAAGUAGAAUUAUUAAGGAAUAUCAUUGGGGUGUUAGCCAGGAGUCUAUGUCAGUUCGCACAAUCUUCUGCUGAUAUACUACAACAGCUAGCUGCAUGUGUUCCAUUUGUAAUGGAUGAAUGUGAUCCAGAUAUCUCAGUUGAGUUGGUGCAUCAGAAUGAUGAUGAUUUGGAGGAAGACAUAUGGGGCGUUGCUGGACUUAUCUUGGGUUUGGGAAGUUCUGUUAGUGCAUUAUAUAGAGCUGGAGCUAAUGAUGCUGUUAUAAACAUAAAGGAAUGGAUUUUUUCUUGUAUUCCAGACUUAAAUCCUUCAUUACAGAAAGAUAUGAUCUUUGAAAGACGUGAGAUGGUAUUAUCUGUUGGUUCUUGUCUUGCUCUUCCUAUUGUAGUGGCUUUCUGCCAACGAGUAGAACUGAUUGAUGAUAGCGAGAUAGAGCAGCUGGUGAGUCAUUUUGUUGAGUUGAUCUCUGAGCUAUUAUCUGUUGAAAAUUCUGGCACCUUCAACCAGAGCUUGUUGAUGGUAUCUUGUGUUGGAGCUGGAAACCUUUUGUCCACCAUCAUGAAUGGAGGGGUGCACUCCUUAAAGGUUGAUAAUAUUAAAGAAAUACUAUCAUUGCUCAGGAAAAGUUAUUCUAGUCCUCACCCACCAUAUGUCCAUCUGGGAGCGAUACUUGGAAUAGUCUCUGCAUUAGGGGCAGAUAUUGGAUUACUGGCUCAAUAUGCCCCUUAUUUGCAAGCAGGCAUCUCAUUUGAUCAGAAGCUGGAAUCUUCUCGUAUCAGGGGUCCGUUACUUUCAAACCCAUUCUUUGAGCCUGAAUUGACAUCAUUAGUAAGGGAGAUCUUUCAUAUCGCACAAAGUUCUGAUAACAAUCAGUUGCAACAAUUUGCGGCUUGGGGAAUCUCAUUUCUUGGGCAUUGUUCAUGGUUCAGACCACCUCAAAAGGAGAAUACUUUUGAAGAGGAUGCAGUAGGCUCAGUCUCUCAAAGGCUUCCGAAGGACAGUCUAGUCGUCAAAGUCUCUUUGUGGUUAAUGCAUCUGGACCCCGGAAUGCAGAUGGGUGCCACUUCAAAUGUUGUUUCAGUAAUAACUGCUUUGCGGUGCCUUUCAUAUGCCUCUAGAUUGCCAAAGUUGGAUUGGGGAGCAAUCAUUAGAAGGUGCAUGAGAUAUGAGGACCAAGUUGCUAAAUUGUGCACCCCCGAGUCUUCCGUUAAGAAAGGAGUUCUACGACAGGAAUGUUUAUUAUUCUCUUUAUCGCAUGCAAACCAGUUUCAUUCGCUCCUUGUAUUUCUUGAUGAGCUCUCUGACCUUUCCAGGUUUAGGACACUUGACCUGAAUUUGCAGUCAUGUUUGCUUUUGCAUCUGGCAGACCUGAUCAAGAUAUUCUCACUUUCAAGGGUUGAGAAGCUAUUUGAUGAUGUAACCAACUACUUCUCUUGGUUAGUCUCUUCUGAACAGUACAGCACAGAAGAGAAAAGCUUGUUAAGGGCUUCCUGUUGGAAGGGUCUCUACUUAUGUUUGGAUGAAGAGUUUCUUGAUGCCCAACAUCAUAUGUCGAACCUUGAGAACUGCAUGAAGAUGCUCUUUGCUUUUUUACCUGCCGUGGCCAUUGGCGAAUCAUGUUCUGGAAUUUUGAAGGAGUGGUCUGAAGCAGUUAGGUGUCUAAGAAAGGCUAACCAGGGAUGGUUAUUAGAUCUUCUGAAGGCACCUGAGGGGACCUUCAUGGAGGACAAUGGCCAAUUCUUUGAAGUUGUGAAAAAGAUUCAAGCUAAAGCGAGGCUGGUGCGAAUUGGUUCCAUCCCCUUAAAUGAGCUUGGGAGAUUGAAAGCUUGUAUGCUGAAUACUAGAUCACAAGUUAUUUGGAAUGUUCUGGUGGAAGUUGCUGCAACCCUGCAACAUGCAGAGGAAAGUAUCAAAAGACAGUGGCUUCUCGAUACACUGCAAAUUAGCUGUGUGACGAGUUAUCCUUCCACGGCGCUGCGAUUUCUUGGCCUUUUAUGCGGUAACUAUUGCAAGUAUAUGCCUGUUUUGGUUGUGGAUGCGGACACCGUACUGAGUGAUCUACCUGUCACGCUUGCAAGUGUGCUUUUAGAUUGCAGUUUUGGUGGUGUAGCAGAAGCCGUAGUACUGUCUUUGUGGACGUUGACAGAACGACUUUAUGCUUGGGCAUUGUGCAGAUCAAAGGAUAAUUAUACACCUUCUCAAAGGUCUAUUGACAGGACUGAGGAUGAGAUGGCAGCGCUUCUGUUGAAAGUGACGCAUCAUGCCUGUGUUCUUCUAAAUAACCAUCUGCCUGUAGACAAGCGACUUGAGCUGGCUAAUAUGGUGGUUCCGGACACAUUGUUGAUCGAGAUGUAAUGUGGUCAAUUGUUUUCAGCGGCUACCAACGAUGCAGAUCCAGUUCAUAGAAUUGUAUGUGAUAAAUACUGGCGGGCUUUUGGUCCGGUCAAAGUGUACGAGGAACUUGGUUGCAUUAGCCCGGGAACUGUUUCUUUCACGAGAUGACGUCUGAUUUCGUUCCAGAAGCGAUUAACUCCUGCAAAUCGUUUCCUUUACCUAGAGUCUGAUGGCCGGUAGCUGAGUUCUCAGUGUACUAAUGGGAUUCGGGGCAGUUAAUGGUUCAGAUCGGAUCAUAUCGAUUCAGUCAUGGACCAUUCAUUUUACAAUUACAAAAAUUUGAAAUGAGUGGCUUAGAUUGGAUCGAGUUGAUGUGGCGUUCGAUCUGAACCGUGAAUCCAUUUUGAUGAGUUGAAUCCUUGAAAUUGAGUUGAUGUGGCGUCCGAUCAUAACCUUGAAUCUAUUUUGAUGAAUUGGAUCCUUGGAAUUCAAUUAAUAGGCGGGUGAUCAUUUCUGACGUAACACGACGUCAGCCACAACUUGCAAUUAACUAACUAGUGCUGGUAUGGUAACAUGAAUUGAAUUGGGUCGUUGCUCGGAUGAUCAACUAUCGCACCAUCGAGCAGCCAUCCGCUUCAAAUGUGGUUAGUGGAUCCCUUCAAUUCAAUGGAGUUAUAAUGCUUUCUUUCAUUUAAUUACUGUGAAUGAAAGAUUUCAUUGAAUUGAAUUGGGCUGUGUACUGCAAGAAAUAGUAGUGUAUGUCAAUAUUUAUUACAGUUCCAACUACUACUGACGAUAGCUCAUUUUCCUUCAUUUAAAUCUUAAACUUCAA